GCCAAAGAAAUCAUAAAGUCAACAAUGAUACAAAACAUAAAAAGAUAUUCUAGAUCUGUCCUCUGAACUAAAAUAUCGACUUCAUCUCCCCAUCACCGUCAAUCUCUCACUGUGAACAAUAAAUUCCACUAGUUUUCCAUUUCCUUUUCUUUUUUCUGGCCAGCCCAGAGUUUCCAUCUCCUUCCUCAGAAAAUUUUCCCUCCAAUAAAUUGCAAAGUCUAAUCAUACGUUUUUCAUUUAUUAACACAAUGCCCGUUUUCCUAAAAUCUCUCAACUCUUCUUAAACAUAAAUACCCAGAUUCCUAAUUAUCUUCCACAUAAAAUUAAGAAGAAGAAGAAAAAUCUCAUGAGAUGACAAGAAAUCAUUUUUUAGCAUUGUUACUCGGAGUCUCUUUAUCAGUUAUCUCGAUCUUAAUAAUCUUCUUCAUCGUCUGUUUCAUCUUCUACAGAAGAAAACAAUCAUCCACUAAUUCAGAUCAAUACGGCGUCGAAUCACCGAACCAUAACAAACAGGGAUUCUCCCCGGAGACGGAAGAGCUCGUGACAUUUCACGGCGGCGAAGAUCUCACUAUCUGCGAUAUCCUCGAUGCUCCCGGCGAAGUCAUCGGAAAAUCAAGCUACGGCACUCUGUACAAGGCGUCGUUGCAGCGGAGCGGGAAAAUCAGGGUUCUUAGAUUUCUUCGACCGGUUUGUACAGUGAGAUCCGAUUCGAAGGAGUUCAAUGGUGUCAUCGAGACGAUCGGAUUUGUUCGUCACGAGAAUUUGGUUCCUCUGUUAGGUUUCUAUGCUGGAAACAGAGGAGAGAAGCUUAUGGUUCAUCCUUUCUUCGGCUCCGGGAAUCUUUCCGACUUCAUCAGAAGUGGAGAUGAUGAAUCGAUAAAAUGGAUCAACAUCUUAACCAUCGCCAUUGGAAUAUCCAAAGCUCUUGAUUAUCUUCACACAGGAAUGCAGAAACCAAUCGUCCACGGCAAUCUGAAAUCCAAGAAUGUUCUUCUGAACUCGACUUUCGAACCUCGAGUCUCUGAUUUCGGGAUGCAUUUGCUGCUAAACACAACGGCAGGACAAGAGAUUCUUGAUGUUUCUGCGGUCGAGGGAUACAAAGCUCCUGAGUUGAUAAAGAUGAAGGAAGUGAGCAAAGAGAGUGACGUCUACAGUCUCGGUGUGAUCAUGCUCGAGGUAGUCUCUGGUAAAAAACCGAUAAAUCCAAGUGGCGAUGAUGAGUUUUAUCUUCCUGAUGUUGUGAGGAAUGCUGUUCUUGAUCAGAAGCUGUCUGAUUUAUACCGUCCUGAGAUUCUCGGGAGUAAUGGUAAUCUGAGUGAAGAAUGUGUCCUCAAGUAUAUUCAGCUUGCAAUGUCUUGUUGCUCUCCUUCACCAUCUCUGAGGCCAAACAUGAAGCAAGUCUUGAAGAAACUCGAAGAAAUCCGGAAAUGCUAGAAGAAUUUGCACAGCUGGUAGAAGAAAAGAUCUGAUAUUUUAACUUUUGAUAGAAUAGUAGAAGCUACUACAUAGGGAUGGUUUUUAACAACGAAAUUACUCUGUUUUUAUUUUUUUCGUUUCCCGAGGGAAAAUAAACUACUUUUAGACGUUAGCAAGAGACUCGUUGAACUUGAAGGAUCUUUGAAACCCGCGGAUGUGAUACCGACGAACAUCAUAGAGCGAUGAAUCGAAACCGCAAAGUCUCUUGAAAGUCUUGUCUAUGAAGCUGUACUUUACAGCCUUGUUUGGAAUGUGAAGCACGAUGUAUGAUUCUGCAUCCGUCUCUUCCUUCACAAUACCGAUGACAGAGAAGGUGUAGAGCCGCGUAUUGGUGAAGUGUUGGGUGAUGAUCAUCUCGGGAAACGCGGCUGCAAGAGGCUCUAAAUCAACACUGUACUUCACGGACCAGCUUAAGCUGUUCUUUUCCAUCUCGUAAACAGAGAAAGUUGAACAACGCUCAUCAUUUACCUCAACAUAGUAAAGAUUUCCGCCGGACUCGUCCAAAUACCUCAUUGGACAGAACACGGAUGGCAGCUCCUCUUCUUCAUGGUCAUGGUUAAGAUUAGGGAGUGGAAGAGUCUUGAUCUGCUCUUCAUUGAUAUCGAAAGAGAGGCAUUCUCUUGAGUGGGAAUCGAACCAGUGAACCGCGCCAUUACAGAAGACUGCGUUGUCGAAAGCUUUAAAGUCUACAUUGUAAGAAGGAGCCGAAAAAACUCUCCUCCAAGUUCCAUCAUUGGAGGAGUAAACCUCAACGUGGUAGUGGUGAUCCUCAGAGUCAAGGAAAGAAUAGUUUCUGAUACUACUUCUGAGGCAAAAGACUUUGUAGUGAGGAGAGUUACAAGGAUCAAAGGCUAGAGAGAGUGAGAUGAUAUCAUCGAUGAUCGGAGGGAGAAGAGUGUUCUGUUUCGUUGUGGGAUUGUAAACGUAGUAAUUUGUGUUGAAUUCGUUGGUCUUGCAAGCGCAUCUGCAGAGGAGGAGCCCGUUGGUCGAUUGCAUUAUGAUCAUUUCAGUUGCAUGAUCUGUAAACCAAAUCGGCAAUGACAACGAAAUCCCUUGGUUGAUUGCGUCAUCGUCAAGAGGGACAAAACUAUACUUGUUGCCUCUUGGUGGUGGCGCGUGUAAGAAAAAGCCAGAGAUUGGAAGCGGAUGCUUGGACUUGAUGCGCUGGGAGAAAUCGGGAUUUGUAAUGAGGGAAAGCCAGCGUUUAGAUACGCGUUUGGAUCUUAGAAGCGUUUUGAUUGGAAGAUAUGAGAGGAUCUGAUACAAGACGUCGUCGAGUUCUGCCACAAUCGCUGCCGGUGAUGAAGAGAGACCGCCCUUUCCACGGCCUCUAGCCGAUCUUGUCCUCUCUCUUGAACAAGAAGACAUUGCUGGAUAAGUGAUUUUGAAGAAGCUGGUUUUAGGGUUGUUUGUAGUAGUGAAGAGAAGAGAGAGAUUCUGGUGUUAUAAAGAAACUCAAGGAUGUGAUGUGUUCUGUUUUGUUGUCAAGAAGAUUGUGGAGGAAGCUUUUGUUAAGUUUUGCGUACUAACUACUCUUUGAGUUUCAUUGACUGUUGACUAUUUAAAGUUGUGUUCAUGUUUUUUCUUUUAAGUAAAACUAAGAACUUUCUGUUUACUGUCCA